CCUCCGACUCGUCAUUUAAAUUGAGCUGCAGGACAUCAGCUGCUGCUACAUUCAGCGCUGUGCUGUGACAGACAGUAACCCGUAGCACGAGCAACACAGGCUACUUGUAAUUUUUAACAGGAGAACGACAGAGAUUAUUGCCGGUCCUGAAGAGGUGUGGGUAGCAGAGGGGGAGCAGCUGAACAAAAAGGCUGGUUGCGCUCUGACAACAGCUCGGCGCAUCAUUUUUGGGAUUUCCUCUGCUAGCUCUUGGACGAAAUUAAAUAUCGGAGCAGAAGUGGCCUGGACUUGGGAGGACCGAUGGACUCGAUGAUGAGAGUGCUGUUAAAGGGUCAGGUCUGAAUUUUGAUUAUAGAUACAACAAUUUUGUUUUAGUUGUAGAUAUUACCAGAGAAACAAUCUUAGGAUAACCUUCAACUGGGUUCAAGAUUAUCAUCAGUAAUAACAACAGUCACCACCCAGUGACCAUUCCGUGUAGCAGGACGAGGUGUUGUCAUGUGAUGUCUUAGAUUUUCAGGAUACUUUUGCAGAUCUUAUUUUUUCUAAAACAGACUUUUAAGGAGAUUUGAUCUUUUUUGAUAACAUUUUCAGUAAAAUAUAACAGAAAGCAACAAUAUAGAUAAUUUUUACAGUGAAUAUGACCCGAACAAAUUUUGUUUAGAUUUAAAGAAAUUUAAUAAGCUCUACACUUGUUAUUAUAUGUGAGGAAAUCUCAGUUUCAGAUUAACUUUAGGACAAGUAUCCAAGGACAUAACCCAUUUGUAAACCUUUCAGGACAGAUAAUCUGUCACUCGACUUCAGAAUAAACUGACACUAGUGUCCAGCUUAUCAACAAACCGUUGCACCUAUUGGAGGCUUUACUAGUCAAACGAUAAGCAAUCAGCAACAAUGUUCAGCUGGCUUGGAACCGAUGACAGGAGGAAGAAGGACCCUGAAGUCUUUCAGACCGUCAGUGAGGGCCUUAAGAAGCUCUACAAAACCAAACUCCUGCCGCUGGAGGAGAGCUACAAGUUCCAUGAGUUCCACUCUCCGGCUCUGGAGGAUGCAGACUUUGACAACAAGCCCAUGGUCUUACUGGUGGGACAGUACUCCACUGGCAAGACCAGCUUCAUACGCUACCUGUUGGAGCAGGAUUUUCCGGGAAUGCGGAUCGGCCCCGAACCCACCACAGAUUCUUUCAUCGCUGUGAUGCACGGUGACACAGAAGGAGUCGUCCCCGGAAACGCUUUGGUGGUUGACCCCAAAAAGCCCUUCAGAAAGCUGAACGCAUUUGGAAACGCAUUCCUCAACAGGUUUGUGUGUGCCCAGCUGCCUAACCCAGUGCUGGAAAGCAUCAGUGUGAUUGAUACACCGGGGAUUCUGUCAGGAGAGAAACAGAGAAUUAGUCGAGGGUAUGACUUUGCGGCUGUCUUGGAGUGGUUUGCAGAGCGGGUGGACAGGAUCAUAUUACUGUUUGACGCCCACAAACUGGACAUCUCUGAUGAGUUCUCAGAGGUGAUAAAGGCCCUGAAGAACCAUGAGGACAAGAUCAGGGUUGUGCUGAACAAGGCUGACCAGAUAGAGACCCAGCAGUUGAUGAGAGUGUAUGGUGCCCUGAUGUGGUCCCUGGGGAAAAUAGUCAACACACCUGAGGUGAUCCGCGUCUACAUCGGUUCAUUUUGGUCCCACCCGCUGUUGAUUCCAGACAACAGGAAGCUGUUUGAAGCAGAGGAGCAGGACCUAUUUAAGGACAUUCAGUCUUUACCGAGAAAUGCAGCACUGAGAAAACUCAAUGAUCUGAUCAAGAGGGCAAGACUAGCCAAGGUCCAUGCCUACAUCAUCAGCUCACUGAAGAAAGAGAUGCCCUCUGUGUUUGGAAAGGAGAACAAGAAGAAAGAACUGAUCAGCAGUCUGGGAGAUAUAUACAAACGCAUAGAAAGAGAGCAUCAGAUAUCACCUGGAGAUUUUCCUAAUCUGAAGAAGAUGCAGGACCAACUCCAAGAUCAGGAUCUCAACAAAUUCCAGCCUCUGAAACCCAAACUCCUGGAGGCAGUGGAUGACAUGCUGGCCAGUGACAUCGCUGGCUUAAUGGUGCUGGUCCGCCAAGAGGAAAACCAGCGUCCCAACGCAGUUGUGAAGGGUGGUGCGUUCGAUGGCACUUUGCACGGCCCGUUCGGCCAUGGGUACGGCGAAGGGGCUGGCGAAGGCAUUGACGAAGCAGAGUGGGUUGUUGCACGUGACAAACCUGCUUAUGAUGAGAUUUUCUACACAUUAUCUCCUGUCAGCGGAAAGGUGACAGGAGCCAACGCCAAGAAGGAGAUGGUGAAGUCAAAACUGCCCAAUACAGUGCUGGGAAAAAUCUGGAAGCUGGCAGAUAUCGAUAAGGAUGGGAUGCUCGAUGAUGAGGAGUUUGCGUUGGCUAAUCACCUGAUAAAAGUGAAACUGGAGGGACAUGAACUGCCGUCAGACCUGCCUGCACACCUGGUGCCUCCUUCCAAGAGGAAACUACCUGAGUAAAUGUAAGAUUACACCCCCCCAGUCCCCAAGACCUGUAAGUAACCCCGCCUCCUCCAAGCAAAGAAAAAUAACCCAAUUGAAAUAGGAAUAUUCCUGUAGCAUUACAGAAAAAAAAAACUAAAAAUGAAAAUAUUGGAGCAAACUUAGACUCAAUUUCCAACUCUGAAUCCCAUUGUGUUGCUGUCCUCCCUACAUCUGCAUCCUUUCCUUACCACCAAGAGGCAAACAUUAGAGCAAAAUAUUCAGUUACAUACAUUAAGACAAGAAUCAAUUUAAUUACAUUGCUGCCGUGCUGAAAUGGCUUUUAAAAAGGUAGAGUUCUCCGAUUAAAGUCAAGUCUUUAGCCCAGUGUCCUCUUUUUUUUAUUUAAGAUAUUGGGAGUUGUUAGGUGAGACAGGUGUUGCAUAACAGUUUACCCUCAAUUAAAACUUGAUCUAUAAUAGGAACUUUAAUUGUAUUAUUAUGUGUAAUCGAUACAGUAAUCUCAUGCUUGACUGCAGUAUUCACCUCGACACUAAAGGCAUUUCACAGUUCAUUUACCGGAGCACCUGGACUGACCUGCAGUGAAGGAGGGAAAUGCUUCUCUGAUGGGAAACAAGCAGGGGAGAAACUAAGGAUGAGGAUUUUGACAUAGUUCUAAAUACCAUUAACAUGUUUGGAAAUACUGUGACUAUAAUAUAAAAAAGAUAUACAUAUAAUGGGUAUUGUUUGGACACGAGUGUGCUGACAUGAUCAGUAUAAUUGUAUUGUAAAGCCUUUGAAUGUUGAAUGUGCAGACGUUCACAGCUCAGUGUGGGCACAUCCUGACUAUUGUAUGUAUGCGUAUGAACACAUGUAUCAGUGUUAUUAUUUGUAACAUAUAUGUAUGACAAGGCCUAAACAGCCAUAACAGCAGCAACUGUAAGGAACCCUGUAAUUAGAUGCAUUCGAGUGCACUACUGCAUCAAAAUCUACUCAAAAGGGUAUUUCAUUGAUUUACUAUUGUACUUGUAUUACAUUGGGGGGGCUCACAAGAGCAAAGCUCCAGAAACACUAGAUUCACUUCCCAUGGCUACUGAGUCGGGAGUAUUUCAGUGAAUUGAAAUGUGAUUAAUCAGUUAUGGCUAAACUAACUUAACCUAACAGUCCAGAGAGUUAGCUGUUAGCUUAUUUUGUGAACAACAAAAACACUAAUCGACACAUUUUUACAAAUGUUUGUUUUUGAAUGGAAGUUCAUGUGUUUAAACUGUAUACGUGUAAUAAAUGUAAUCCCUCAUUACAAUCACUUACUGUAGCGAUAUGCCAGUAUGUAUGUAUGUGUAUAUAUACUUAACGUUAGGACCAUGUUUGUGGUUUGUUACCAGUAAGAGUCACUGAUCAUCAUAUAAAACAUGAAACUAACAGAAUUUGGGUUCCGUUAUGAUAAGAAAUGUUCACUGUGUGUUUUAUGAGUGAAACAGUAUCCCUCCAGUUUUGAGCUACAGAAUUGACUUAACUGAAAUAUUUCCAGUUUAUGGCCCUUUUGUGCCCCUCCCCAUACGUCUCUGUGCUGUUACUGUGAAUCUGCUGUACAUAAUAAGACUGUUUGCAUUCCUUUAACACAGAUUGGGAAAUCAUCCGCAUAAUUUCGGGUGCUUUACGCAUCACUAGCUCAUAUUUCAUAAGCGAGCCAGAUCAACAGAAGAAACGAAUGUGGAUUCUGUGCAAAACAAACUUCUUCAGCUUGUUUUCAAGGUGUUUUUCACACGCUGACAGAUUGCAACUUGGAGUCCUGUGUACUUGUACAUUAGAUGGAAACACUGGUGUCAUGGUAGUUUUUCUGGUUUAAGAUUUUUAUGCAUUGCAAAAUCUGUACUUUAUCUGCUUUUCUGUCAACAAAAACAACAGUCCUAAUAAAGUCAUUUACUCAA